GUCUCCUUGAGGCGGGCGGGGUGCUGGGUUCCCGUCUGCUGCCUCUCGGAGAGUCCCGGGUGGCCUGCAGGUACUGCGAGAUUUAUAGGGAGGGCGCUGGGACCCCCAAAAGCUGGGAAAUGGGACUAUUGGCAUUCAGGGAUGUGGCUCUAGAAUUCUCUGCAGAGGAGUGGGAAUGCCUGGACCUUGCUCAGCGGAGUUUGUAUAGGGAUGUGAUGUUGGAGAACUACAGAAACCUGUUCUCCCUUGGUGAGGAUAACUUCAAUAUGCAAUUCCUAUUUCACAGUCUUGCUAUGUCUAAGCCAGAACUGAUCAUCUGUCUGGAGGCAAGGAAAGAGCCCUGGAAUGUGAACACAGAGAAGACAGCUAAACACUCAGCUUUGUCUUCUUAUCUUACUGAAGACAUUUUGCCAGAGCAGGGCCUGCAAGUUUCAUUCCAAAAAGUGAUGCUGAGAAGAUAUGAAAGAUGUUGUCUUGAGAAAUUACACUUAAGGAAUGACUGGGAAAUUGUGGGUGAGUGGAAAGGGCAGAAGGCAAGUUAUAAUGGACUUGACGUAUGCUCAGCAACUACUCAUAGUAAAAACUUUCAGUGCAAUAAAUGUGUGAAAGGUUUUAGUAAAUUUGCAAAUCUAAAUAAACGUAAGAUAAGCCAUACUGGAGAAAAACCAUUCAGAUGCAAAGAAUGUAGCAAUGUCUCUUGCAUGUCUUUAACAACAACUCAACAGCAGAGAAUCCAUAUUGGAGAGAACCCUUACCAAUGUAAAAAAUGUGGCAAAGCCUUUAAUGAGUGCCCAUGCUUUACUGACUGUAAGAUAAUUCAUGUUGGAGAGAAACAUUGCAAAUGUGAAGAAUGUAAUAACGUCUUUAAGUCUUGCUCAAGUCUUGCUAUUGUUGAGAAAAAUCAUACUGAAAAGAAAACCUACAGAUGUGAAGAAUGUGGCAAAGCUUUUAACCUGUGCUCAAUUCUUACUAAACAUAAGAAAAUUCAUACUGGAGAGAAACCAUACAAAUGUGAAGAAUGUGGCAAAUCCUUUAAGUUGUCCCCAUACCUUACUCAACACAAGAGAAUUCAUAGUGGAGAGAAACCCUACAAGUGUGAAGAAUGUGGCAAAGUCUUUAAAUUGUUGUCAUACCUUACUCAACAUAGAAGAAUUCAUACUGGAGAGAAAACCUUCCAAUGUGAAGAAUGUGGAAAAGCCUUUAACCAGAGCUCACAUCUGACUGAACAUAGGAGAAUUCAUACUGGUGAGAAACCAUACAAAUGUGAGGAAUGUGGCAAAGCUUUUACCUGGUUCUCAUACCUUAUUCAGCAUAAGAGAAUUCAUACUGGGCAGAAACCCUACAAAUGUGAGGAAUGUGGAAAAGCUUUUACCUGGUUCUCAUACCUUACUCAACAUAAGAGAAUUCAUACUGGAGAGAAACCCUACAAAUGUGAUGAAUGUGGCAAAGCUUUUAACUGGUUUUCAUAUCUUACUAAUCAUAAGAGAAUUCAUACUGGAGAGAAACCCUACAAAUGUGAAGAAUGUGGCAAAGCCUUCGGCCAGAGCUCACACCUUUCUAAACAUAAGACAGUUCAUACCAGAGAGAAACCAUACAAGUGUGAGGAAUGUGGCAAAGACUUUAACCACUGUGCACAACUUGCUGUACAUGAGAAAACUCAUACCUGAGAAAAACCCUACAAAUCUAAACAAUAUGGCAUAGUCUUUAAUACCUAUUCACAACUUCACAGCAGAAUAUUUUCAUUGAAUAAGAGUGUUACAAAUGUAAUGAUUGUCAAAAGGCCAUUUACAGACUAUAAGCCUUUGAGUGCACUAAAAUGUUUAGGCUAAGAACAGUAUAAAUAGAAAGACCAGUUCAACGCCUCCACUUAUAUCACAGCUCUUACUGUACACAGAAGAAUUUAUACUGGAGGGAAACCCUCCAGUAGCUCAAACUGUAUUCAACUUCAAAGACUUUGUAUUGGAGAGAAACCCUACAAAUGUAAUAAAUGCAGAAACAACAUUUGUUCAAAAAAUAUACCUUAGAAAACACCAGAGUGUUCACACUAAAAACUAUUUUACAGAUGCAGUAAAUGUGAAAAACUAUCUAAUCAAAAAUUACAUCAAAACAUAUCCAAGAAUUCAUAGUAAAAAGCACUAAGUCACUGACACUUUCAGACAUUACUAUAAAUCUGAGUGUUGGUUAUAGAGAAUAAUCCAGAGUUCAGUUAAAAUAAGUAGGAGAUUCACCUUUUGGGGAAGUUAUAAUUACAUUUCAAGUAUACCUUUUGGUGCCAGGCAUGGUGGCUCUUUCCUAUAAUUGCUGCACUUUUGGAUGCCGAGGUGGGGGGAUUGCUUGAGCCCAGGAGUUUGGGACCAGUCUGGGCAACCAAACCCAGGAGUUUGGGACUAGUUUGGGACCAGAUGGCAAAACCUCAUCUCUACAAAAAAUAAAGUAAAAGCCAGGCUUGGUGGCACAUGCAUGUUGUCCCAGCUACUUGGAAGGCUCAGGUGGGAGGAUUGCUUGAGCCUGGAGGUUGAGGAUGCAGUGAGCUGAUAUCUUGCAACUUCACUCCCGCCUGGGCAACAGAGCAAGACCCUGUCUCAAUAAUAAUAAUAACAACAUAAUAAUAAAGUAUACUCUGUGCACUGAAAGAGUUUUAGCUUUUUUGAAAAUCACAUAUUUAUGUAAUUUUCAAGUCUUAAAUCACUUGAUACCAUGCCUUCAUUUCUAUUGUCUAUGUGAAGGCAUGUGGCCUACUGUUGCUACAUGAAAGCUGUGCGAGUUUCUUCUAUAUUCGGGUGGGCGUCAUUCAUAUCCUUUUCUUUGGAAGAUUAUGGACAUUGCAUUUUAAGCUUCCUGAAGAAAUUUAACCGGAGAGGCUCUUUGUAGUUGUCUUAUAACAGGGUUGUAAGUGAUUCAUGAGAUAGGUCUUCAGAGUAAUAUUCUGCAUUAUAUUUAAGAAAGAAACAUUUGAGUUUUACAAGUCAGUGGUUUUUCCUAUUGCACAUUAAGGUAAUAAAAUUCAGUGGAUUUUGAAAUGCUCUUUUUAGACUGUUUGAACUUAAUUUGUUUUAGUAAGACAAAAUUGUUUUAAUGUCUUUGGACCGUUGUAUAUUAAGCGAUGUUUAUCCUGCCACCAACGUUAACCUAUCUCACCUUAGUUAUCAUUGUAGGUAAAAAAAAAUGGUAACAAUACAAUAGUGGUAACAUGGUGGAAUAGUAUCUCUAAUGAUCCCUUCUCCCAGUGGCAUUAAACUUCAAAUAAUUUGAAAAAUAUUGUUCCCACACAUUACACCUUCAUUCUGUUUGCUCUUUUUGUAAUGACAGUGUCAUUAUUAUGGCUAUAAUAAAGCCUAUGUAGGAUUAUAAUCAAAGACCAUAUAUUUCUGAAUCUUGAAGGACUAUUCACAAAAUUUUAUUUACAUUUUUCUUUUAACAUGUGGUCUUUCUGGCCUGCAAAACAUAUACAUACUUUUAGUUUUGGUUUACAUGGAGAUAAAUAUAUAAAUAUAUUACUCUAAAGAUAAAUGUUAGGUGUAAGACAGUUAUGAAGCAAGUAAUAUGUUUGAAGUAAGUGCAUACCCGUUUUCAGAAUAAGAGAAAAAUGUUGGAACCAAACAUAAUUUCAAAAGUAUGGAUAAUUUAUUAGCAAACUAGAAACCUCAAAAAUGUUGAAGGCAAAUCUGCAAAUCUGUUUUCUCUGCUUUGUAUUGAAUGCAUUUCUCUAAAAUCUUAUUGCACCUUUUUCAGAAUUUCCCCAUGAAAAUCCUGUUUUUACUUUUAUGUUGCUCAUGCUAGAGCUAACAUAUAAUUUUCUUGUUCCAAAAUUCAUGAAGAAUUUCUUGUGUGAUCUUCUCAGGUAUUAUAAUAAUGAUUUUAUGAAACUUAUUGGUGCUUAAAAAAUAAUCUGAAGAUGUGAAUAAUUCCACAGUGAGUGUUUUAAUUUUCAUUGUACUUAAUUAGUACAUUUCCAUUUUUCCAUUAUUAGAGAACACUAUUCAAGCCAACUUUUUUUUUUGUUAUUGUUUGUUUCACUUUUCUUAAUUGAGUAAUUGAGUUUAUUGACCCUAUUGGGCAAUUUGUUCAGGUAAACACUUUGGAGGCUUUAUAAGUCAUAGGGUUAUUUGACAUAUAAAUGAAUUGAAGAAACAUAACACAGUGCCAGAUGUGUAAUAGAUGUUCCAUAAUUAGCAAUAAGUAUUCCUGUUGGAGUGAAUUUGUGGCUCCAGGUAAGAGAUUGGAAAUACCUGGGAUGAACACCUGGCAUUGAUUCUGCAUGUAGAGAAAGGACUUCUGUACCCAGGCUGCACAACUGACUCUCUGAAGAGGAAUUCUGCUUUUAUUUCCAAAUUAUCUCUCUUUUUUUUAUGGUCUCUUUCUCUUUCUUCUCAACUACUUAUGCAUUCCAGCUCUCCUCCUUUUUUUUUUUUUUUUAAAUCUGUGUUAUGGCUACACUUUCUCACUGUUCUCCACACAAUAUGUCAUUUUAUAUAGUACUUUGUACAUUCUAACAGGAAGUUUGGACUUUCUCUUUUUCUUUUUUUUUCUUUUUUUUUUUUUUUUUGGUAGAUAUGGUCUCACUGUGUCACCCAGGCUGGUGUGCAGUGGUGUAAUCUCGGAUUACUGCAACCUCUGCCUCCCAGACUCAAGCAAUCAUCCCACCUCAGCCCCCUGAGUAGCUGGGACUAGAAGUGUGCACCCCCACACCUGGCUAAUUCUUUUUUUUAGUAGAGAUGAGGUUUUACCAUGUUGCCCAGGCUUGUCUUGAGCCCCUAAGCUCUAAUGACUGACCUGCUUGGCCUCCUAAAGUGCUGGGAUUAUAGGUAUGAGCCACACCUGGCCUGGAAGUUUGAAAUUUUUUAAUGUGAUGAUUUUUGUUUGUUUGUUUUGAGACUGAGUCUCACCCUGUUGCCCAGGGUGGAGUGCAGUGAUGCAAUGUUGGCUCACUGCAACUUCCACCUCCUGGGUUCAAGCAAGUCUCCUGCCUUGGUCUGCCAAGUAGCUGGGAUUACAGGCACGUGCCACCAUGCCUGGCUAAUUUUUGUAUUUUUAGUAAAGACGGGGUUCAUCAUGUUGUACACGCUGGUCUUGAACUCCUGAUCUCAGGUGAUCCACCUGCCUCGGCCUCUCAAAGUGCUGGGAUUACAGGUAUGAGCCACUGUGCCCAGCCAAUAAAUUGACUUUUAACUGGAGAGUUUGAGGUCAUUUAUGUGUUACAAAACUGACAUUGUGUUCAUAGCUUAUUGCAGUCUCAACCUCCCAGGCUCAAGUUAUCCUCUCAUCUUAGUUCCCUGGGUAGCUAGGAGUACAGCCACAUGCCACCAUGCCCAGCUAAUUUUUUUUAUUGUUUUGUAGAAAUGAAGUCUCACUGUAUUUUCCAGGCUGAUCUCAAGCUCCUGCGCUCAAGCACCCCACCUACCUCAGCCUCCUAAAGUGCUGGCAUUACAGGCAUGUGCCACCAUGCCUGGCUACAAGCAACACAUUCUUUUUUUUUUUUUU